ACGAGAGAGUGGCGUGUUUUCCCGCGAAAUUUCCACGUUUUCGUGUGAGUGAAGUGCGUUGAAGUGGUUUGAGUGGGAUAAGAGAAUUGACAGGAUGAUUGCACGAAUUUACUUGCAAUACAAAGCAAGCAUAACAUGAUGUAAAAAUAAUGACAACUCUACCGAACAGGAACUCUUCCCGUCUUUACUCUAAACAUGAUCGAAAUAUAGAAGGAACCAAGUACAAAGAUGUCGAAAAUAAAACCAAAGAUCCCAGCGAAUUUAUGAUGCUGGUUGACGAUUUCAGUGAUUACUUCUACGGCAAUGCUAGUCACGAUGUAUUUAUUGCUCACAACCAAACACUAGAGGUAUUAAACGAUGUUUACACUAACUGUACGUUUAACGGGACGUUCAAUGUCUCGUGUUUCGGGAGAGUGGAGACGGUUCCACAAUACAACUAUUGGGGUUUAUUGCUGUUGAUCUUCCCGUUUUUUACGUUGUUUGGUAAUGUGUUAGUGAUUAUGAGUGUGGUGCGGGAGAGGACAUUGCAGACAGUGACGAACUACUUCAUAGUGAGCUUGGCGGUUGCUGACCUUCUAGUGGCGGUCGUGGUGAUGCCGUUUGGAGUGUACUAUCUGGUACACGGUUCCUGGGGCCUACCAGCCUUCGUGUGUGACGUGUAUAUUGCGAUGGAUGUGACAUCUUCGACAUCCAGCAUCUUCAAUCUGGUCGCCAUAUCUGUCGACAGAUACAUAGCAGUAACCCAACCAAUCAAGUACGCGAAACACAAAAACAAUAGGCGAGUUUGGUUCACCAUAGUUCUGGUGUGGAUGAUCUCUGCAGCAAUAGGAGCACCUAUCGUUCUUGGACUGAAUGAUACACCAGACAGAAAUUACGACGAAUGUCUCUUCAACAGCCUCAACUAUGUGUUGUAUUCGUCAUUGGGGUCCUUUUAUAUACCCUGUAUAAUGAUGAUGUUCCUCUAUUACAAUAUUUUUAAGGCCUUAAGAAACCGUGCCAAGAAACAGAGAGCUGCCAAAAAACCUCCAAUAUCUGGUGAACCAACAGGAACCACAGCUGCUGUGGUUAUUGAAAACGUUGCUCAAACCAGACAGUUGGAGACAGCUAUAGAUGAAAGACCGACAAAUACAGGCUCUGGCAGUAACGAAGAUGACCACGAAGAUAGUUUCGACAAGCGGUCUGUUGAGAUGGAGGUGUACACGGAAGAGUGUAACGUGAUCCCUAACGACAAAUCUACAGAAUUCAUGUUGGCCACACUAACUGAACAAACCACUAGAACCCCAAGAAAAAAAGUAAAAUCCCAAGCUAUUCAGGAUCCUAACGGAAACAACGACUCAGGGUAUGCUCCCUCCAAUCUAGAAGAUACCAUUAGGGAACACAUGACCCCUCCCGGAUCUCCACCAGUAAGAGAUGCAACCGUUCUAAGAAAUAUGGCCUGUGAUACGUGGAAGAAGAACGGCAAGAGACUUGAACCCGAUACAAGAUGCGCGUCAAUCGCUUUUCGAUCAGAGGAUGACUUGGGGUCCAGUCACUACGACCUCCGAGAUGGCACAAAUAGUAAAAAAGAAAGGAAAGCCAGCUCCACGGCGAGGUUCACUAUUUACAAAGCGAAUAAAGCAAGCAAGAAGAAACGCGAAAAAUCCUCCGCGAAAAAGGAAAGAAAAGCAACUAAGACACUGGCAAUAGUUUUAGGUGUUUUCCUCUUCUGCUGGACACCGUUUUUCACCUGCAACGUACUGGACGCGAUUUGCGCAAAAUUUGGUCUUCAGUUUACACCGGGAGUCACUGUCUUCAUUCUCAACACUUGGCUAGGAUAUAUCAACUCCUUCCUUAACCCAGUUAUAUACACGAUUUUUAACCCAGAGUUUAGAAAAGCUUUCCGGAAAAUCUUGAAGUGCAGCACCUAGCGUCUGGAUUACGUGGUCGUCUUCGCUCAGUAGAUCAAUUAGAAAUAAUACUAGGCAUGAGCAGUUUGAUUUGGCUAUCAAAAAUAUAAAAUUAAUAAAGAAGAACACACAUAAGGAAAAUAUAUAAAUGAUUGUAAUAUAAAUAUAAAGUCACUCUUAGUAAAAUUGCAUUAUAAAUUAAAUAACAACGAACACGAUGAAAAGCGGCCAGAUGCGAUCAUUUAUAAAUAGCAUAUCGACUGCUUUAUCACAACUGUUUUCUCCUACUAGUUUGUAAAUACUUACAAGUAGUUUUUGACGUAAGAUUAGAUAUGUAUAAAGUUAUUUAUAUUCUGUCCUAUAAUGUUUAACAUUAAAAGAUGCUUAUGUCUCAGAGAGCGAGGUCACGAUGGGAUGGUCGCAUGGAAUAAAUAAUCCGGAAACAACAAAAGAAUAUAAAAGACAAGAACUGAGUAAAUAAAGUAUGUUAGCGCGUCCUUUGUAUUUCAAAGCGGAGUGGAAAAUAGAAUAUUUUCCACCUCUCAACACAGAGAGUUAUAGCAAAGCUUUAACUGUACCCAUCAGUAUUAUUAGUAAUAUUAACUUAAAUUUAAUUAUAGUUAGCAACUUGCCAAAAGUAUAUACGCUUUCCUUUUCUUUAAGGUUGUGAUUUUAUUUCAUAAUGUACGUGUGUAUUAAUUUUUAAAGUUUUCAAAGUGCUCAAAAAUUAACAAUUUAAUCAGAAAUAAGAUUUAAUCUAGGAAUGCUUAAAUCAUGGUAAAGAACUGAUAUUUUUUGCAAAACCUUUAAUAUUACUUUUUUUUGCUCACCAUACGAGUACCUACUAUAUAAUUAUAGAACAUACAAUGGUUAAUAAUUUAAGCAAAUUAACGAGUAAACAAAUAUUGCCUCUCAACAUCAAAAAUACACUCAAUCUAGUUUUUACACAUUCAAUGUUAUGUUUUUUUAAACAAAUCGGAAUAGAUUAAUUGAUAUAUAUCCUAUAAAAAAAUAUUUAUGAUGUCAAUGCACGGCGUGAUUUGAAGUUUGUAAAUACGAUAAUUAUAUAAUUUGAUCAUAUCAAAAAUUGUAAAUAAUCUUUAUAAAUUUGAAUUUAUAAGGUCCUGUGAGUAACUAGUCUCUCUACGAAACAUAACCUAAUAAGUUUUAUUAUUACGACGAUGCGUAAUUUUAUAAAGAAUAUUUAGUUAACAUAUGUAUUAAUAUUAUACCUCGUAACAUAUAAGCUUUUUUUAAACAUUUAAGUCUCGAGGUUUGAAUUGAACAAAAACCAUCUCAACUAUUUAACUAACCAAUUAACAUUAAGCUAAAUGUAUAAGAUUGUAUUAUAUUAACCAACCU